AUGACGUCGCCUCUAUCAAGUAUAUUUUCUUUCACAAGUCCAGCUGUAAAACGUUUAUUAGGAUGGAAACAAGGUGAUGAAGAAGAGAAAUGGGCAGAAAAGGCUGUGGAUUCUUUGGUUAAAAAGUUAAAGAAAACCAAAGGAGCAUUAGAGAAUUUAGAAAAGGCAUUAAGUCAGCCUGGACAAUUAAGUAAAUGUGUCACAAUACCACGAUCUCUAGAUGGUAGAUUACAGGUGUCUCAUCGUAAAGGCCUACCCCAUGUAAUUUACUGUCGAGUAUGGCGUUGGCCAGACUUACAAUCUCAUCAUGAACUUAAACCUUUAGAAUGCUGUGAAUAUCCCUUCAGUGCCAAACAGAAAGAUGUCUGCAUUAAUCCUUAUCAUUACAAAAGAGUCGAAAGUCCAGUUCUUCCACCUGUAUUAGUACCAAGAUACAGUGAAUUUCCUGCUCAUCAUGGUGGUCCUAAUCAUAUGCCAUUGCUACCCUUUCAACAAGUUCCUGAACCUUCCAUGCCUCACAAUGUUACUUACCCAUUUCAACAACCCCAAGCUACACCACCUCAACAACAACCUAAUUCACCACAAAGUUCUGGACCAGGCAGUCCUUAUGGUUUACCAGCUGACACCCCACCUCCUGCUUACCAGCCACCAGAAGAUAAUAAUCAAAAUAAUAUUAACAUUAAUCAAAUUAUGUUGGAAAAUUAUUUUAUUUCAGAUGUUCAGCCAGUAACGUAUCAAGAACCUCAAUAUUGGUGUAGUAUAGUGUACUAUGAGUUAAAUAACAGAGUUGGGGAAGCGUUUCAUGCAUCAAGAUCUAGUAUUGUAGUAGAUGGUUUUACAGAUCCCAGUAAUAAUGCGGAUAGAUUCUGUCUUGGUUUAUUAUCCAAUGUUAAUAGAAAUUCUACAAUAGAAAACACCAGACGUCAUAUCAGUAAAGGGGUACAUCUAUAUUAUGUUGGUGGUGAAGUAUUUGCUGAAUGUUUAAGUGAUAGUAGUAUAUUUGUACAGAGUCGUAAUUGUAACUAUCAUCAUGGUUUUCAUCCUACAACCGUUUGUAAAAUACCGCCUGGUUGUAGUCUCAAAAUCUUCAAUAACCAGGAAUUUGCCACCUUACUCAGUCAAUCAGUCAAUCAUGGAUUUGAAGCUGUUUAUGAACUAACUAAAAUGUGUACAAUCCGUAUGAGUUUUGUGAAAGGUUGGGGAGCUGAAUAUCAUCGUCAAGACGUGACCAGUACACCAUGCUGGAUUGAGCUACAUUUAAACGGUCCUCUACAAUGGUUAGAUAAAGUUCUUACUCAGAUGGGAUCACCACACAACCCCAUCUCUUCAGUUUCUUGA